CGCCAGCACUAUCUAUCUAUCUUCUCCCUCCAAACCAAAAGGUCAAAAAAACCCACUUUCCUUCUCUCUCUCUCUCUAUCGCUUUCAUGGUCACAACCCUAUAACCUCUCUUCUAAAACACUUCUCUCCUCUUUCUCCUAGCCUAGCAUAGCAAGCAAAACCAAUCUUUUCUUUGCUAAACCAAAGCAAGAAUAUUUUUUUAGAAAAAAAAAAAGGAGAAAAACAUGUUUAAUGUUCAUUUCUAUAGCCAUUGCUCUAUGAGUACUGAUGGUUUCUUGAAUAGAUAGGGAGAAAAGAAAGAUUCUUGAUUUGGGUUUUCUUUUUCAGUGGAUGAUAGAUCUAAAAGAAAUGGGAAGUAAGUGGAGAAAAGCAAAACUGGCACUUGGCCUUAAUAUGUGCCUUUACGUUCCUCAAACUCAUGAGCAAGAUUCUUCCUCUUUGCCUUCAAGAUUCUCCGACGCUGUUUCGCUUUCUCCUGCCACUGCUCUUUCCGGCGGCUCGACUACUCCUACUCCGUCCUCUUCUGGCCUCCGCUUGUCCAAAUCCGGACCCAAAUCCUCUAAGAAUACUUGUCCAAUAUGCCUGACCACCAUGAAACCAGGACAGGGCCAUGCCAUUUUUACAGCUGAAUGCUCGCACUCUUUCCACUUCCAUUGUAUUACGUCUAAUGUAAAGCAUGGGAACCAGGUAUGCCCAGUUUGCAGAGCAAACUGGAAAGAAGUUCCCUUUCAAAACCCGACUACUGACAUUUCACAUGGAAGGCCAAGAAAUAAUUCAGUUGGUUGGCCUGCCAGAGAUGAUGCCUGGAUGACUGUUCUAAGACGGCUGCCUCCUGCUCGGCCAGAUUCAAACCGGCAUAUUUCAUCAUUUUAUCAUGCUCCAGAACCUUCUAUGUUUGAUGAUGAUGAGACCUUAGAUCAGCAUGGUGAGGUUGGUGAGAGAAACAUGCCUAUUAAAAGUAAUGCUGAUACCAGUUCCAUGAGAAAAAUAGAGGUCAAAACAUAUCCAGAAGUUUCAGCUGUUUCAAGAUCAGCCUUUCAUGAUAAUUUCACAGUACUAGUACAUCUUAAGGCUCCUGUUAAAAGUGGAAGGUGUAAUAGCAGCACUGAUUUUGCUGAAUUGCCACAACAAAAUUCUCGUGCUCCUGUUGACCUUGUUACAGUACUUGAUGUUAGUGGCAGCAUGGCGGGUACAAAGCUUGCUUUGCUAAAACGAGCGAUGGGGUUUGUUAUACAGAAUCUUGGCCCCUCUGAUAGACUCUCUGUCAUUGCCUUCUCAUCCACAGCCCGUCGCCUUUUUCAUCUUCAACGUAUGAAUGAGACUGGAAGGCAGGAGGCAUUACAGGCUGUUAAUUCUUUGACCUCUAACGGUGGAACAAAUAUUGCUGAAGGCUUAAGGAAAGGUGCCAAGGUGAUAGUAGAUCGAAAGUGGAAGAAUCCAGUUGCCAGUAUCAUUUUAUUAUCUGAUGGGCAGGAUACAUAUACUGUCACUAGUCCAAGUGGUACACAUUCGAGAACAGCUAACAAGUCUCUUCUGCCAAAAUCAAUUCAACGGAAUGGUGGUAUCGGCUUCCAAAUUCCUGUGCAUUCAUUUGGGUUUGGUGCAGAUCAUGAUGCAGCCUCAAUGCAUUCAAUUUCUGAGCUAUCUGGGGGCACAUUUUCAUUCAUAGAAGCAGAGGGUGUGAUUCAAGAUGCAUUUGCACAAUGCAUUGGAGGGCUAUUAAGUGUGGUAGUGCAGGAGCUACAGGUCAAAGUUGAAUGUGUUCACCCAAGUUUGAAAAUUAGUUCUAUGAAAGCAGGCAGUUAUCAAACCAACAUUGUUGGCAAUGCUAGAAUGGGUUCUGUUGAUGUUGGAGAUUUGUAUGCUGAGGAAGAAAGGGAUUUUUUGGUGACAGUCAAUAUUCCAAUUGAUAGGUUUAGUGAUACAAUGUCAUUGUUGAAAGUUGGAUGUGUGUACAAAGAGCCGCUUACAAAAAAUGUGGUGACUUUAGAGAGAGCUAGUGAAGUAAAUAUACUAAGGCCUGAAAUAAUUGGAUCACAAGUGGUGUCCAUGGAAGUAGAUAGGCAAAGGAAUAGGCUUCAUGCAGCAGAAUCAAUGUCAGAAGCUAGAGUUGCUGCUGAAAAUGGAGAUCUAGCCCGUGCAGUCUCCGUAUUGGAUAGCUGUUACAAGUCAUUGUCAGAAACUCCAUCUGCACAGGCUGGUGACAGAUUGUGUGUUGCAUUAUGUGCUGAGUUAAAGGAGAUGCAAGAAAGGAUGGCAAGCCGACAAGUCUAUGAGUCAUCUGGAAGAGCAUAUGUUCUAUCAGGUUUGAGCUCACACUCAUGGCAGAGAGCAACUGCAAGAGGUGAUUCCACUAAUAGUACGAGCCUUCUACAAGCUUACCAAACUCCAUCCAUGGUUGAUAUGGUAACCAAGUCUCAGACAAUGUUGUUAGGGAAUCCAUCAUCUCGCUCAUCUCAUCGGAAACUCCGACAAGCUCUAUCAUUUCCGGCUGCUAGACCGCAACCGAGGUAACUGGCAGCAAUCUCGCCAAAGUUUCUCCUCACCCUACAUUCAUCUAUCAACAUCCAAGAACCUUUGUCUACUUAAAUUUUGUUUUUAAUUAUUAUUAUUAUUAUUAUUAUUUUUCUUUUGUUGUUUGGGAAUUGGGUAAAUUGGAAAGAGAGGGAGUUGGUUUUUUAUAUUAUGGGUAUAUUGUCCUUUUUUUGUUAAUGUAAAUGAACAAGAAUUUGGGGGAUAGCUAAGAGAUGAGUUGUUAAGAGGAAAAUGGUGAAAGGUAAAGGCGGGGUUAGGAUAUUUUACAGUCUCAUUAUGGGGUGAUGUAAAUAAGGAAAAUAUUGGUGUUUUUUUUUUCUCUUAACUUAGAGUAAGGGAUGGUAUAGCCAUGUAACUGUGGGGAUACUUUGGGGUGAAUUUUUCGCAUCAAUAUGUAAUAUAUCUGUUCUUCAUUCUUUACAAUUGCUCAACACAAACGUUUUAUA